AUGACGAUGGGGGUGUUUGGUCAAGCGGCCGAGUCGCGCCCACUCCGGUUCCUCGUGCUGCUGCUUUUAGCCCUGUCCGUUUGGCGCUACAUCACUCAUGUGGUUCAACGAGAGUCGGAAGCGUCGUUUCCCGAGUCGUUGUGGACCCCCACAACUUUGACGUUCGACGUGUGGGGAGGCUGCGUCUUGGCCCUGUUAACCCCUCUCCUUGUCAGCGAAUGCGUCCGCCCCCGCCAUACCACUCCGUACAUGGGCGUCCUUUUUGUACUCCUCUGUGCCCAGUUUGCUGUGGCCAUUCUAACCCAAGAGCUUCGGGUCGUGGGACAUCUCACGUCUGCCCUGGUGUCAAUGUGCGUGUUGUGGGCGUGCCUCUUGAUCUCGUUUACGGUGGUAGAGCACCACAUUGAACCGAUGGUGCUUUCGUCGGUGGUUUUCAGCGACACGGACCACGUGUACACGACGUCGAACCGGUGGGAUUACCUCUCGAUCCGCCUGCCCUUGGCGCUGUGGUGGGUGUAUAGCAGUGCGGAAGUGCUGGCCGUGUGUCAUGCUGUGGCCCUGAACGCGCAAACGAAGCCAGACAUGCGAAUCUUCGUGACGUCCAUGGGCGGAUGGGUGCUGGUGAGUGUGGGCCUCCUCUUGACCACGGGCGACACUGCGAUUUUGAUCGGGUCGCUGUGGAUGUUGUGGGGCGUGGCCAAUGCAAACUCCAGCCACUCUUCGAAUGAAAGUCACACGAUGGCGACAUUGGCGGGACUGGGGGCGUUUGUCUUGGGGGGGCUUUUUUGCUUUUUGGUGCUGCACAAGGCGUGGCGUGGCCCAAAAGAUCGAUGGGCUCCAUUAUUUAGUCUACGUGGGGUGUCUGCCCCCCGUCGAAUGGCCGUGUAA